CUCAAACACUAUGGACAAUAUUCAGUGUGUCUUCUGCUGACCCGUACUGAAGCCCGCGCAGUUGUAGCCCUGUGUUUACACCACUCAAUUACACUCCUUCAGCUGAACAAGAGCAUUUCCUGUGUUCAUUUUGGCAGGUUUGGGAGCGAGAGCUCCUUGCUAUGUCAUGCACGAUGAGUCUGGAUGUGAAGAAAUUGAAAGUGAACGAGCUGAAAGAAGAGUUGCAGAAGCGCGGCCUGGACACCAAAGGCCUCAAAGUGGAUCUGGUCGAGCGGCUGCAUUCAGCUCUGGAGGCUGAAAAGCAACCCACCUGCAAUGAUGAGACAGAAGCAGGUGUUGCAGAGGCUGGGAAUGAUGAGUGUUCUGACCAAGGGCAGAUGGCUGGUGAGAAAGAGGGCUCUGAUAUGGACCGCAGUGUUUCUGAAGUCCCUAAAGAUGAAAAUAAAUCAAAGAUUGUGAAUGUACAACAAGCAACUGUUGAGGCAAUCUGCAAGGAGGAACAUGAAGUGGCACCAGUGAAGGUGAAAAAUGAGGAAGAGAUAAAGACAGAGCAACAGGAACAGCAGCGAUCUGACACCGGCAGCGAAUGGGAAGAUCAAGAGCGCCAUCAGAAUGCUGGGAGCAAGACUGAACAGGACAGACAUGCACGUUAUGGCCACAAGAGGCGCUAUGAUGAAAGCCAUGGUUACAGCUAUUAUGAACACCGUGAAGACAGGAGGUCCCGCUCACCUCUGCCACCUGCUGAAGAGGACGAGGAAGACUUUGAUGGCACGCUUGUGGUCAUUGACACCUACAACUGUGACUUGCACUUCAAAGUCUCUCGGGACCGUUGCAACGGCUAUCCUUUAACCAUUGAGGGGUUUGCUUACCUAUGGUCUGGAGCACGAGCAACGUAUGGUGUAAACAAAGGGCGUGUGUGCUUUGAGCUGAAGGUUAUGGAGUAUAUGCCAGUCAAGCAUCUUCCCAGUAGUGAGCCUGACCCUCAUGUCGUGAGAGUUGGGUGGUCUCUGGAUUCCUGCAGCACACAGCUUGGAGAGGAGGCGUUCUCUUAUGGGUAUGGCGGAACAGGGAAAAAGUCUGCCUGUUGCAAAUUUGAAGAUUACGGAGAGAAAUUUGGUGAAAGUGAUGUCAUUGGAUGUUAUAUUGACUUUGACAGUCAUGAGCAGGUGGAAAUGGCUUUCUCAAAGAACGGGAAGUGGCUUGAUGUGGCGUUUCACAUAUCUAAAGAAGAACUGGCUGGACGUGGGCUGUAUCCUCAUGUCCUGGUGAAGAACUGCUCUGUUGAGUUUAACUUCGGCCAGCGAGUGGAACCUUUUUUUCCUUUGCAAGAUGGCUACACGUUCAUCGGGGCCCUCAACUUAGAGAACAGGAUCAGAGGCACAGUUGGUCCCACCAACAAAUCUGAUUGUGAGGUCCUGAUGAUGGUCGGUCUUCCUGCUUGCGGUAAAACCACGUGGGCCACUAAGCAUGCAGAGAUGAACCCAGAGAAGAAAUACAACAUCCUGGGCACAAACGCCAUCAUGGAGAAAAUGAAGGUGAUGGGAUUGCGUCGCCAGCGAAACUAUGCUGGGCGCUGGGACAUCCUGAUUCAGCAGGCCACUCAAUGCCUAAACCGACUGAUUCAAAUCGCUGCCCGCAAAAGACGGAACUUCAUCUUGGAUCAGACAAAUGUAUACGGAUCAGCCCAGAGACGAAAAAUGCGUCCUUUUGAAGGGUUUCAACGUAAGGCUAUUGUAAUUUGUCCCACGGAUGAGGAUUUGAAAGAGCGAACGCUUAAGCAAACUCACGAGGAAGGGAAGGAUGUGCCCGAUCAUGCUGUUUUAGAAAUGAAAGCCAACUUCGUGCUGCCCGAGGUUGGAGACUUCCUGGAUGAAGUGACCUUCAUUGAGCUGCAAAGAGAAGAAGCUGAAGAGCUGGUCAAACGGUACAACGAAGAAGGUCGGAAGGCCGGGCCUCCGCCUGAGAAACGCUUUGAUAACUGGGGACACCGUAGACGCGAAAGCAGCUACCAGCGUUACGACAACCACGGAGGGUCAAGAGGAGGCCAUCAGAACCGUGGAGGACCUGGAGGAAGCUACAGGGGAGGUUAUAACCGUGAUGGCUACAAUCAGAACCGCUGGGGAGGUCAUUACAGAGACGGGCGAGAUGGACACAGCAGCAGCCAUCAGUCUGGAGGAAGCUACAGUAACAACCGCUAUGGGUCCUAUAACAAAGAGGGAUAUAACCAAAGCUGUCAUCAGGGUUACAAUCAAGGCUACAACCAGGGCAACUACAGCCAGGGAAACUACAACCAAGGCUACAACUAUGGCAACUACAACCAGUACCCAGAUUAUGGACAAGGUUACCAUGACAAUCAAGGAUCUGGACAAUCAUAUAACCAGCAGAACUACAAUCAGCAGUAUCAACAGUAUGCGCAGCAGUGGCAGCAGUAUUAUCAGAAUCAGAACCAGUGGAACCAGUACUACGGUCAAUAUGGGAAUUACUCCGGACAGCAGGGCAGCCAGAGCUCACACGGCUCACAGUGAACAGGAAGUACCUCCGUAAUCACACACGUGUACACACCAUACUACGCUUCUCUACAUAAAAUACAUCCUUCCACUUUAACUAGCAUAAAUUAAUUUAUUUUCUCCUUCUUGUUCAAACAUUUGCACAUUUUUUCAAGACAUAGUAAGCUGACUGUUAUAAGUCAAUGAUUGAUUUGAACUAAAUGAUUCACUAUAAACCUUACUGACAUAAUUAUACUAGAUAGUACUCCUCCCAAAGUUAAAAUAACAGCAGGGAUAUGACAGAUUUCUAGUAUAUGUGAAAGAUAACUAGUUCUUGUAGUACCACAAACAGCCUGCAGGUGUAGAAACUGUGAGGUGCUUCCUCAACACUGAUUGUUUUGCCUAAAUUCCUUUUAUUUUGAAAUGUAGAUGCGGUUCAUAUUAACAAUUUUGAGCACGUAAAAGAAUAUUUUUGUUUAAAUUGUAGUUGUUCAGUGUUUGAUAUACUUAUAACCACACAAGAUGAGAUGAAGAAUGUUGCGUUGAGAACUAAAAAGUUUUAUUCUUCUAUUUUAAGUGUGGAUGAUCAUCCUUAAAGAGAAAGUACUGCAUUUUUUUCUGAACUGUUCAUGUUCUUUGUGAAUGUUAUUUGUCCAAUCCGUUUUUGCUUUGAGAAUUAAAUGAUAAAACACCA